AUGGGUUCUGGUUAUGGUGAAGUCGUUGCUAACCUGUUCCAAAAAUGUUGUUACGCUCCAUCCCAACUUGUGUUCGAUCAGGAAAUGAAAACUCUCAUCAAGGAUGGUGGUACAAUAAUUCAGAAAUUUUUGCAAAACACACCCAAAGAAAACUGGUCCAAUGCAUACUUCAGGGGUAAAAAAUAUGGUGAGAUGUGCUCUAAUAUUGCAGAAUCCUUCAAUUCUUGGAUUUUGGAUGAACGCAAGAUGCCAACUUACCAAAUGAUUGAUAACAUACGUGUGAAGUUGAUGGAGAUGAGUUCUGAUCGGCAACGUGAAGCCGAAAGAUGGACCUCACCAAUAUGCCCAACAAUGGAUGACGAAAUGAUGAAAAUGGUUGAAGUUGGAAGACACUGGAAUGUGUGUCGUUCAAGUGACCAUAUUUUUGAAGUCAGAGAUGAGUAUUCUGUCAUGGUGGACUUACAAAGUCAUACUUGUUCUUGUUAUCAAUGGCAAAUUAAGGGGUUCCCUUGUGCACAUACUUUGGCAGCUAUUCUGAAAGAUGGAGGUAACCCAUAUGAUUAUGUCGAAGAUUAUUUCACAACAGAUUUCUAUAAGUCUUCUUAUUCAUAUCCCAUCAUUCCUGUACCUGAUAUUGAAAAGGAUGAACAAUCUAUGAGUCAGGAGUUUGUGAUAGAACCUCCAUUGACAAAGCGGCCCCCAGGUAGACCAAAAGUUAAAAGACUAAAAUCUAUUGGGGAAGAAACACGCCCCAACAAGUGCAGUAGGUGUGGUGAUGCUACACGCCACAACCGGAAAACUUGCAACGCCCCUAUUUGA